AGUAUAAUGGCCGCUGUUACCGGCGCCGACGUUUGACUUUGUUUAUUAGUUAUUUUAAAAGUAUGAUCUUAAUUGUAAACCCACGAUACAGAAGUUGUAAGAUAAUUUCUAAAUUAGUUCGUUCGUUAUUCGAGUUGAGGUUGCUCUCAGUUUCGGCACUACGCUAAUUAUUAUAUACUCCGCGAUAUAAUAAUUAGUAAUUUAUGGUAUUUUGUGUCGUGUUGUGAAUAUAAUACUUACAUUUGGACAAAAUGCGCGUACUACGUUUCAAAAAAGAUCUUUUUGGGAAUACGUGAACAUGAUGUUCAAUAAACCAGACCCUGACCGUAUAAAGCUCUUGGGGCCCGACCGUACAUGUGCUGAAUGGGUAUUACGAAAUGGUGGUAAAGUAGUCUGGGCAAAUGGAAAAAAGCAGACAGAUUACAAUUCUUUACCGCCAGACACACAGUCUGUUCCUAAAUUGACUGAAAUAGAUGGAACGGGUUCUUCAAUAUCACAUUAUGGUUUCCCCCAUCUAAGUGGAUGCACAGACUUGUGGAAAAUAAUUCUGGACAACAACAAAUACAUUGAUGACAGAGCUUUGAAAGGAUUAAAUCAUGGAAAGGAUACAUUAACCCAUGUCCAAGUUUCAGAGUGUGUUAAUGUCACAGAUAUGGGUGUUAAAGAAUUGAGUUCUUUAAACAAACUUCAAACACUGGUCCUCUUUAAAUUAUCGGGUGUAAAUAAUCUUGAAGAUUGCAAGAAACAUAUACAAUCAAAAUUACCCAACUGCAAACUAAUAGGUGAAGAAGAAAAAGUGGGAGUUUAAUAACAAAUAUAAUAUUUUUGAGUAACAAAAUAAAUAUAUAACCUUAAUAGAUUUGUUGUAACAUAUAUUGUAUUUUUAUUGUUCAUCACAAUUUUACACCCUUUCCAACAGCAUCAUCAACACAGCUGUAACCAUCUCUCUGCAGUAA